GGCGAUGCGCCGGCGGCUGCAGGCUCGGCUGGCGGUGCUCGCGGCGCGGCAGCGCGACCGCGACCUCCACGGCCGCAAGCUAAGCGCCAAACCCAAAGCGUCUCCUAGCCUCGAGUACCGCGUGGAGAGGUACCUGCUCACCCAUCUCACGUCCCUCACGAGCGGGGCGCACCUGCGCGCCGCAACGCUGGCCGUUUUCUACUUCACAGGCGCGUACUACUCGAUAUCCAAGCGCCUGUUUGGGCUGCGGUACGUCUUCACGCGGCGACUGGACGACGGGCACAGCAACCCCUCGGGUGCCGGCGGCCGGGCCGGGUACGAGGUGCUCGGGGUGCUGCUGGCUGUGCAGAUGGUGGUGCGCGGCUAUCUGCACGUCCGCGAGCAGCUGCUGGCGGCGGCGCCCGCGCCGUUAUCUUCGCACCCUCACCAACAGCAAGAGGCCGAGGACUACGACGAUCAGCAAGACUUCCGCGAGCGCGCCGCGCUGCCGUUCGACGCCAACGUGUCGCUCGACGAGCACGCGUACAGCGCGAACAACGAACUGCUUGUCGACCCCGGCGGCGGCGGCGGCCGCGGUAACCAGCGCAGCCUGGCGGCGAUCGGCACCACGACGCACACCCCCGUGCCCCGGGGCGAGCGCGCGCGCUACGACCUCAGCCGUGCCGAUGCCGUCAUGGGGUGGAUCAAGGGCCGGCAGCAGCGCAAGUGCACGCUCUGCCUCGAUGAGAUGAAGGACCCGGCGGCGACUGGCUGCGGCCACGUCUUCUGUUGGGCCUGCAUCGGCGACUGGGUGCGCGAGAAGCCUGAGUGUCCGCUGUGCCGGCGCGAGGCCAUGGUCCAGCAUAUCCUGCCGCUGCGUGCUGCCUGAGGCCGUUUUCCUCUCUGGUUUUACUACAUAAUAUGCCAGGCACGGUAGCUGCGCGCCGCCGUGCUGCCUCGCUGUUCUCGGGCGUGCUGCCGUCCGAACAGGCGACGUCUUGUCACAGAGAGGGACGACUUGCGGAAUGGAUAUCCCCUCUCUCACUCUGUAUAUAGGCAGUAAUAUAUAUACCAAACAUACAUACAUGCCCGCUGACAAAAAUGGUAGCUAGCCAGUCAGUUUCACGGUUGAUCAAUGAACAGACAAUACAGAUCAC